UUGGGGAGGGUGUAUAACCGUUGGACGAGACACAUUGCUUCAAGCCCUAAAACGUGAAAAUACCAUUCUUCGCAUUAGACCAGUUUUAUUUCUAAAACGGAAGGUUUUGCAGCAAGGGUCGUUAGUGGGCUAGUAAUUAGUGAAGAGACAACACGUCAGCUGAUCCAGUUGGCGAUUCGAGGAAAGGCAUUGACAAUUUUUCUGCUCCUGGAAGAGAGAGAGAGACGGAGUGGAAAUGAGGAGGAACGUGAACCAGGACGCGGAGAGACCGAAUUAAACUCCGUAAGGCGUCGCGGUCCCGUUCGCCUUGAUCGGUUGUUCUCGCCACCCGGCGUUAAUGAAGAUGAACUUCGGGGCAGCGGUUGUUGUCGCGGGCUUAAUGGGGCUGCUCAGUUUCAGCUUCCUGGCAGCGGCAAUAGCGAGCGAGUACUGGUACAUUCUGGAGGUGAAUAAACCGAACGGAACCAAGUCGGAAGAACUGAGCUCGCAUACUGGACUCUGGAGAACUUGCGAAGGUAACAAUGCCUGUAUCCCUCUCGUCUAUCCCUUCACUGAAGACACCUCCAAGUUCUCAGACGCUGAGAGGUAUUUAAUCAACAUGCAGAAGGUCAUUAUCGUCCUGCUGCCCCUCAGCCUGGUGCUCCUGGUUUUCGGGGGGAUCUGCGGUCUUGUCAGCUCCCUGGCACGCAGCUGCCCCCUUCUCGUGGGUACGGGCGCCUACCUCCUCCUCUGCAGCGCGAUCACCCUGACGGGAGUGAGUGUGUACAUUAGCUACUCCCACAUGGCCCUGGAGGAAAUUGUGCGCACAGUGGGGCCGGCACGCAUGACCCAUGUCCACAUCUCCUUCGGCUGGUCCAUGGGCUUGGCCUGGCUCUCCUUUUCCCUGGAGGUCAUCACGGGAGUGCUUCUGUUCCUGGGAGCCAGGAUCACCUACCUGCAGAGCAGACAGGAGUUGGCGCCGGCCAUCUCAUUAGCCUAGAAUGGGUGGGGCCACACCCACCUCGGGUUUGCAUUCAGUCCGAUAAAGCAGAGCUUAUCUGGAGGCUGUUCAUGCAGUGAGCCAGAGUGGGAGGCUGCUCUCUUCUUUGGCUGAAACAGCCAGGCUGAUUGUUUUUCUGCACUCGGCACACCAGGGGAGCAUUUUCCUUGUCUCAGUGCUUAUUUACUGCCAUUGAACCUGCAUUUCAGCCAUACAAAAACAGGACUUAAACCAGUUGGUCAUGAUGUAGGGCUGCAUUCUUUCAUUGCUUUUGUCUCAGGGAAUGUAUCAGAAGUAGCAUGAAAUAUGCAAAUGAUCCCCUAAACCUUCAGCAGCUGCAGCUUUUUUUUGAAUGGAUGUGUGCUGUCCCUACUGUUAGCAAGAUAGUAUGCAGAGUAUUUUUCUAAAAACAAAAAAAUAUAUAACUUCUAUUAAAAUUAUGAUUAACACCUCUACAGUAAGGGUAUGGUACACUGUUAUGAAUUCCAUGACUGUAGGGCUGUAUGAAAAGACAUUUUCGGGCGGCUGUGUAGCUUCAGUGCUAUUUUAUCCAAAGAUAAGCUUUUUGCUUGUGGAUAACAUGCAACCAUUCUGCAAUUCUGAUGCAAUUCUUAAAGUCUUACAUUGCUUUUGUGUCUUCGGCCACUGUUGAUUCAAGUGCUUGACAGGGUUACAGUUUGGUGUUAAAAAUCUGUGUACAGCUGGGAGCGGCAAAUGCCUUUCAAGCUCUGUCCUGUUUGGAGUUAUGUCCGCUGAACUUUUCCUGCUUUUCUCCCAGCUUCUCUUACUGAUACUUUCUCCUCCUAGCUAAGCAUCCAUGAACGUGUAUUACAAAUAGUUUACUUCUAGGCUAUGAGCUAAAACACUUCUAUUGAUUUUGUUCAUAGCUGCAGAAGUUCCCAAUACACUUUGAUCCUUAAAAUGGCUCCAGAUGUCAAAGAACACCACUAAUUUGUCAUUCAGACAAGAGCAAUGCUAUGCCUGGUGUAGUUGCACCAUAAACACUACACCAUCUUUAAAAAAAAAAA